AAAUUUCUUGCAAAUAUAAACAACUUUAAUACAAGUAGUUCUGCCAAACUCUUAUUAAACGUAAAUUGUUGUACAUGAAAUCAGUAUGUUGUGUACAUGUACUCUCGUCUAAUUUUUAUACCAACAACCUGCGAUAAGGUGAAAUGACUGGAAAUUUUUGUCUUUGACAAACUGCUACCGUUGGCCACUAAGGGAUGUAAGGGUGAUUCCUAAUUGCUGUAGUUUCUGACAACAUUAAUCCAAUUACAUGAAACAGCUGUGUUCGAUUAUUUUUAUCCAAAAUGGCCCAAACAAAAAGAUUAGCAUCAGUUGUGAUUCAUACACUUUCUAAGAAGAUAAUUCAUAUCACUCGACCACCUGAAUGUCCAAGUAUUUUUACAUACUGGAGAUCUGUUGGGCUUAUGUUGGAUAGGCAAUUUAGCUCAUAUAAUGUGCAACUAAAGGCAGAAACUGUUACUAUAACGUAUGAGGAUCGCGAUGGUGAUAUGCAAAGUGUGAAUGCCAAAUGUGGUGAUACACUACUGGAUGUAGCAAAGAAUAACGAUAUUGAUUUAGAGGGGGCCUGUGAAGGGACAUUGAGCUGUUCAACCUGUCAUGUUGUGUUUGAGAGCAGAGAUUUUGAAAAUUUAGGCCUCCCAGAACCUGAAGAUGAAGAGUUGGACAUGUUGGACUUAGCCUAUGGUCUCACUCCUACCUCAAGACUAGGAUGUCAGAUUGUGGUUACGGAAAAGUUUAAUGGAAUCAAAUUGAAAAUACCUGCACCUACAAAUGAUGCCAGAGAUAUAUAGCAACUCAGUUUUGAUGAGAACAUAACACAAUGUCUUCAUCAAUUUAUUGUUGAUCAAGUCAAACAAUUAAUUUCAUUUAUUAUAUCUAAAUAUUUGAUAAGAUAUUCUAUUUAGAUGCCUGUAUGUGUGGGGCUUUCUUCUCAUUACUUGUCCCUAAAACAUCCUUUUGUACUUCCUCAAUGCUAAUGUUUUUGGCUUUUAAUGCUUUCUGAAAUACAAAGACAAUGGUUUGAAUGAGGUAAA